UAUACUCGAAGUGGGGGGUCAUACCCCACUUUGUGUGUGUGCUCCAAGAGGCAUCCAGGCAAAGAAUGAGGCUUAGCUUUGGCUUGGGUUCCGGCUUAGUUCCUGCUCUACCACACUUCUAGCUGUGUGAUCUGGGUGAGUGAAGACCCUGGUCCUUGCUUUUCUCUCCUACUGUAUAAAGUGGGCAGUAUUGUAUAAAGACGGGUAGAAAAUAAAGCAUAGAAGCUUCACUGGGUUUGGGGAGCUCUCCAUCGACACUAGGCCCUCCUAGCCCCCCAGGCAAGCAACUGGAACUCAGGGCAGCAACUGCUGUUAAGCCUUAAACCACAGUGUGCUCCCCGCCCCUUUUCCCUCGGCCACGCUGGGGGCGGGGCGGUUAAAUGUGUCUGUGGCGUCAGCACGCGCAGGACCAAUCCCCGUGCCUGGCAGACGUUAGCUCAUUUGCAUGAGUCGCCCGCCAUUGGCCUGUUGGGCAAUCCUGGCCGUCCCAGCUUUUUAAAGACGCCGCGUAGUAUAAACAAGGAGAUGUGGUGCGGCCUGGCCAUGAUGUCAUCGCGGUGCUGCAGCUUUUGUGGGUGACGUCAUCUCCGAGAAGGUUGCCGGCCCAGGGCUGUUAGGGCCAUCCUGCCCACUGCGACCGGCCUCACAGGCCGCUUCCGCCCGGUCGGAAGUCAGCUUCGUUGCACUUCAGUGUUUCAGGCGGCGUCCGGUCCCCGAGGAGGGGACGAUGACACAGGUUGUGAGCCCCGGCCCAGCCCCGCCACCCCCCUGUGCCCCCGAUGCGACCAUGGGCUCUGGCAGUGACUAGGUGGCCACCAACUGCGCCCGUGGGUCAGCGGCGAAUCUCUGCAGGACCUGGCAGCGCGUCAGGCCAGCUCUGGGGAAGCCCCGUUCGCCAGAGCGCCCCAGCCCGCCCGCCUGCCCAGGAUGCGCGCUUACCCUCCCAGCAGCCGCCACCCCGACCACCACACCUCCCCGGAGAGGAGCGCCGCGCCUCGGCUCCUGCCGGCGGGAGCCCCCGAAUGCUGCGCCCAGCCGCCCAGCAGAGCCCGCUCAUGGUUGACCUGCACGAGCAGGUGCACCAGGGACCCGUCCCUCUGUCCUACACGGUCACCACAGUGACGACCCAAGGCUUCCCCUUGCCUACAGGCCAGCACAUCCCUGGCUGCAGUGCCCAGCAGCUCCCAGCAUGCUCCGUGAUGUUCAGCGGGCAGCACUACCCCCUCUGCUGCCUCCCACCCCCGCUGAUCCAGGCGUGCACCCUGCAGCAGCUCCCGGCGCCCUUCCAGGCCUACCCCCACCUCCUCUCCAGUGACCACUACAUCGGACGGCGACAUGGACUUGCGCGGGGACCAGCAUCCCCUGGGCAGCUUCGCCUACUCCGCCUCUGCCCCGGGCCCGGCCCUGUCCCCGUCGGCGCCCCUGCACUACCUACCCCGCGAUGCGCUGCAGCAGGAGCUGCCCUUUGGCGUGCCCUACUCCCACGUGAUGCCACGGAGACUAAGCGCCCAGUAUCCCAGUUUACCGCCGCCGUAUUACCCCAGCUUCCUGCCCUACUUCCUCUCCAUGCUGCCAGUGUCACCGACGGCGAUGGGGCCCACAAUCAGCCUGGACCUGGACGUGGACGACGUGGAGAUGGAGAACUAUGAGGCCCUCCUGAGCCUGGCCGAGCGGCUGGGGGACGCCAAGCCCCGCGGCCUCACCAAAGCCGACAUAGAGCAGCUGCCGUCCUACCGCUUUCACCCCGACAGCCAUCAGUCGGAGCAGACGCUGUGCGUGGUCUGCUUCAGUGACUUCGAGGCACGGCAGCUGCUCCGAGUCCUACCCUGCAACCACGAGUUCCACACCAAGUGUGUGGACAAGUGGCUCAAGGCUAACCGGACGUGUCCCAUCUGCCGGGCUGAUGCCUCUGAGGUGCCCAGGGAGGCUGAGUGAGGCCUCACAGCCGCCCCAGAGAACCCUGCCCGAAGCUCUGGAAAACUGGGGGGGAGGGUCCAGGGAGGAUGGGGAGGAAGAGGCCGAGGCCUGCCCCGUCCUUCCCACCUGCAUCUCCAGAGCUGGCGCCAGGGUCAGCCCCGUGAGAAGCCCCUGCAAUAAGCCCCUGCAUUUGCCAAUCUCCAAAGACUCUUCCCCGAUCUGCCUGCCUGUCUGCCCACUGCGGAGCUGCCUGAGUGUCCCUAGCUCAGUCUCCCUCCUAUUGUCCUCGGGUUCUUCCUUCUCCUGCCAGCACUGGGAGCCCGAGGUCUGUUGCCCCGGUGUGGCUGGUAGAGGCCCCUGGCCCGUCCAUAGGCAGCAGGGACGCCGUCCUGGGUUGUCCAGUCUCCUGCGCUGAAAGUGUCGCUGUGCCCAGGAGGCCCUGCCUGGGGGUGGGCAGGCCGUGGCAUGAGGCCGUUUCCUGAACCCCAGGGCUGAGUCUUAUCUGGACCCCAGGCACCCUCCGGCAACCAGCUCCUUGCAGGCUGCUGUCAGUGCAGCCCGGCUCCCUAUACGGCAUUCCAGCUCGCCCUAGGCUGGAGAGCAUCCCAGCCAGGCCUCCUGAGCAGAGGGGAGCCGGUCCCUGAACUGGGGUUCUUGUGUCCUGAGGACUGGGCCGCACUGAGGAGUGCGGGCCCCCGAGUUCCUGGUGGUGGCCCCUCCACCAGUGACGUGGCCAGACCCAUGCCUGAUCUUCCCCCCUCCCUGUUUUGCAUGAACGUGAAGAGCAGCAGUUUUUGUUUAUUCAUUUGGCCCAAAAUCGCGAGUAGGAUUUGGGGGUGAGGCUGUUUAAGAUGGUUGUUUUUCUUUCGGUUUAAUGGGGGUAUGGGGACCAACCAGGACCGAGUGCCCAGGGCAGAGAGGACCCAGUGGUGCCGCCGGGGCUGCAUGCCUGCGCACGGCUGGCAGUCGGGUCUGCGCUCAGCUCAUAACUGCCAUGCACUGUACUGCACACGUCCCUGGAGCCGCCCGGCCGGACGCUUUCCAGGGCAUUUCUCCCUCCAGCCAGGGCCAGGCUCCCACCUGCCUGUGUGAGGCUCCUCCUGGAAGGCCCAGGAAGGCCAGGGGCGGGGAGGGCUUGGACCCCAUCUCCAGAGGGCCUCCCAGCCUGACCCCUGCCCUCCAGGGUCUGGAGGAAGCCCCUGUAGCCCCCUCCCUCCUUCCCCGAUCCCAUUCCUUUCUGACCCCAGCUGGGGUUGCUGCCUGGAACGAACUGCGUGUGGGGCGGCACAUCCUAGCAGGCAGCCCCUGGCGCCUGCUGCCUCAGGGAUGCUCCAACCACCCUCGUUCUCCCGCGGCAGCCCUGGCCCCCGCCUCCCACCCCGGCCUGCCAUGGGGCCCAUCAGCCUGGUCUCACCCCUUGGAGAACCCAAAGUCUUACUGUAUAUAACUCCAGGUGACGUUUCUAUAUUUAUAGCAGUGUUGAAAACCCACGUGUUUUACACAGAGAACCACCCUCUCCAGCCCCCCUUCCUCCCACCCCAGCAAACGUUUUUCACAACCCUCCGGUUCCAGGGCAGGCGAAAACAGGCCCGAGAUGCGUGUCAGCCACAGCAGCGAUCCCAACAAGCCGCUGUGGGGUGGGGGUGAGGGGCACGGCAUUAGAAAUCAUCAUUAAAGAUGUAUGAAGUAAUUCCUUAGGACGUCUGUGACCUGCCAGCCUUGCUGUAGAUGCCAUGUGACCGGUGACUUCCUGUGGUGGGGGCUUGUUUACUCUGAUUUCCCAACUCCCGGCCUCGGCAUGGCAGUGGGCACCUUCCCCAGCCCUGGCUGGGCCCAGCGCCUGCCUUCUGUGUUUAAAUGGUUUUAUAUAUAUAUAUACAAUUACAUAUAUAUAUAUAAAAAUAUAUGUAAUUUUGGGGGCCCUGUUCCUUGCACAUUUUACAGUUACCUCAUUUUUCCCAUGUAUGUAUUGAGAAAAUGCUAAUAUAUAGAGAAAAAAAUGGUUCUUAAAGCUUAAAUGUGUGGUUUUUUCCAUUCCAUUGGAUUCACAUUGGUUUGUAGCAUUUGCCAUAACUAGUAUGUUGUAUUAUAUAUAUGUGUAUACUGAUUGUUAUUUUUAACAGAUUUGUACUUUUUUUAAAAUGAAAGUUGCUAGUUCUGCUUGACCAAGUAGUGCAAUCAUUAUUUUUUUUAAUAUUGUUGCUGAUUUCAGAGGGAUAUUCACUAAUAAAUGUAUGAUGUAUACCAAG